AUGGAAGGACCCCAGGAACCUCUGAGUGGGAAGCUCCGGCUCUGCUUCUCCCCGGCUGCCCGGACCAGCCUCCUGCUGCUCAGGCUUAACGACGCGGCACUACAGGCGUUGCAAGAGUGUCAGCGGCAACAGGUACGGCCAGCGAUCGCCUUCCAAGGCAACCGCGGGUAUCUGAGGCUCCCAGGCCCUGGCUGGUCCUGCCUUUUCUCCUUCAUAGUGUCCCAGUGUGGUCAGGAAGGUCCUGGUGGCAGCUUGGAUCUUGUGUGCCAAAGGUUGGGCAGAUCUGGUCCUAACCGCCUCCACUGCCUGGGCCCACUCAGGGAACGCCUCACCAUAUGGGCAGCCAUGGAUUCUAUCCCAGCUCCAUCUUUAGUUCAGGGACACAUCCUGAGUGAAGCCAGAGAUCCAGAGAGUUGGCAGAAUACUGGAAAUGAUUCUGAAGGAGAUACAAUAUCACAGCCACAGGUGGCACUAGAGGAAGUGCCAGAUCUGCUGGCAACCAACCAAGGACAGUCACUCCCAGGAUCCUCCAGGGAACACAUGGCACAGUGGGAAGUGAGGAACCAGACUCAUCUUCCAAACAGCAAGCCUGAUCAGAAACUCUCUUCCUCUGCCAGCCAGAAAUAUCUGGACAAGAAACGUCCAGCAUCUGCAGCCAGUACGGAACUAAAAGAAAAGAGGCUCAGAGCUCUGCCUCUAGCUCCAAGUCCCCUACAAGAGCUGCCCAGUCAGGACCUACAAGAGGAAGACUGGGAACAAGAAGAUGAAGACAUGGGUCCCAGGCUGGAGGACAGUCCUUCAGUUCAAGCAGACUCUGAAUCCCCAAGCCCUGAAGAGAUACCAGACUACGUCCUGCAAUACAGGGCCAUCCAGAGUGCAGAGCAGCAACACGCCUAUGAGCAAGACUUUGAGACAGAUUAUGCUGAGUAUCGUAUCCUACAUGCCCGUGUUGGAGCUGCAAGCCAAAGAUUCAUAGAGUUGGGAGCAGAGAUCAAGAGAGUUCAACGAGGAACUCCUGAACACAAGGUGCUAGAAGAGAAGAUAGUCAAGGAAUAUAAAAAGUUCAGGAAGCGGUACCCAGGUUACAGGGAAGAAAAACGUCGCUGUGAGUACCUGCAUCAGAAAUUAUCCCACAUUAAAGGUCUCAUCCUGGAGUUUGAGGAAAAGAAUAGAGGUAGCUAA